AUGACAGUCGGGUCGCACCACGCGCCGCUCCGGGACCUGCACCCGGCCGAAUACCGAGCCCGGGUGUCAUCUCUGAAGUCAGCCCGCAAGACCCGCUCGGCCAGCGAGGACCGCACCCGACUACGGCACUCCCUGCCGACCUCCGCCGGCCAGCGGCACCGCUCCCAGUCCCGGCGCCGGGACGGGCUGGGCCUGACGGUGCUGAGCGCGCCGCCGGCCGCCGAGCCGUCGGGCGCCCUCCACCGCAGCCAGGUCACGCUCAGCGCCACGCUCAGGCAGCGGGAUGUGCACCACCACACGGCCUGGCGGGGUCGGCUGGAGGUGACCGACGCCGGCCCGUCGGCCCAGCUGACGGCGCAGGACCAGUCCAGCUCCCGCCUGCACUCGCUCAUCCUGUCACACAACCGCUUCAGCCAGCUGCCAGUCGGCCUGGCCUGCCUGGCCGUCAGCCUGACCCGCCUCAACCUGGCCUACAACUGCCUGACUGACCUCGGGUCGGUCAGCGACUUCCCGGCGACCCUGAAGCAGCUGGACGCCUCCCACAACCAGGUGGGCGCGUGGCCCGAGCCGGCCGCCUUCUGGCACGGCGCCGAGCCGGCCACCGGCCGCCAGCGCCGCUGCUACGCCGCCGGCGACACCAACAAGUGCAUCGUCAGCGUGUGCGGCGCCGACGCGGCCGGCUCGGCCGUACACACCUGCGUGCACCGGCGCCACCGGCGCUUCGAGGCGCUGCGCACGCUCGUGCUGGCCGACAAUCAGCUGACUGAGGUGCAGCUGAACCAGCCGCGGCACGAGAUGGACGGCGCCUCGCCCGCGACGUCGGCGCACCACGAGCGCACCCGCCUCAUGUUCCCCAACCUGUCGAUGCUGGACCUGAGCAAAAACCAGCUGCACAGCGUGCCGGCGAACAUCCACGAGCUCACCAACUUGUCCGUGCUCAACAUCAGCGGCAACGAGGGGAUCUGCGAGCUGCCACCGCAGAUGGGCCUGCUGAACCGGCUGUGGAACCUGAACACGCGCGGCUGCUCGCUCCAGGAGCCGCUCAAGACCAUGAUCGACUCCAACAAGUACAAGACCAUGGACGUCGUCGGCUACCUGAAGUCGGUUCUGGAGGACGCCCGGCUCUACGCCCGGAUGAAGCUGAUGAUCGUCGGCGUGCAGGGCAUCGGCAAGACGUCACUGCUGGAGCAGCUGCGGGCCGAGGGCACCGGGUCCUACAAGAAGCGGCCGCCCGAGCACUGGGCGAAGCGCAUGGGCAACAAGAACAUGAACCUGAAGACGGCCACGGGCACGACGCUGAGCACAGUGGGUGUCGACAUCGGGGACUGGGUGUACGAGAAGAGGGUGCGCGGCCACAGCUCGCACGGACCCGUCACGUUCCGGACGUGGGACUUUGGCGGCCAGCGGGAGUACUACGCCACGCACCAGUACUUCCUGUCGCGGCGCAGCCUGUACCUGGUGGUAUGGCGCAUCCCCGAUGGUCAGAAGGGCGUCAACAACAUCCAGCAGUGGCUCGUCAACAUACAGGCGCGCGCGCCCAACUCGCCUGUCAUCAUCGUGGGCACGCACUACGACCUGAUCCGGGACAAGUACCCGGCCAACUACUGCGAAGACCUGCAGCGGCUCAUCCGCGACCGGUUCAUCAGCCUGGUGGACGCCGACAAGUGUGGCCUGCCGCGCGUGCUGGACACCAUCGAGGUCAGCUGCAAGACCCGCCACAACAUCCGCCUGCUCUGCAACCUCAUCUACGACACCGUCUACAGCCUGAAGUCGCCCGGGAGCAAGGAGCGGCUGCUGGACCAGCGCAUCCCGGCCACCUACCUGGCCCUGGAGGACGUCAUCUCCUACCUGGCGACCGAGCGUCACUUCCAGGGUCGUGACCCGGUGCUGAGGGGCGAGCAGUACCGCGCCCUGGUGAUCCGCGAGAUGGCCAGCCGGUUCGACCUGCGCUUCCGGGACACGGCCGAGCUGAACCAGGCGACGGCGUUCCUGCACGAGAACGGUGUGGUGCUGCACUACGACGACGCGACGCUGAAGGACCUGUACUUCCUGGACCCGCAGUGGCUGUGCGACAUGCUCGCCCACGUCGUCACAGUCCGCGAGAUCAACCCGUUCGCCAGAAACGGCGUGAUGCGGUUGGAGGACGUCUCCCUGGUGUUCAAGUCGUCCACGUGCGCGCCGGCCGACGCCAAGUCGUACAUGAUCUCGCUGCUGGACAAGUUCGAGGUGGCGGUGACGUGGGACGGUCGCACGCUGCUUAUCCCCAGCCUGCUACCCUCCGAGGAGAUGCUGCGCGGCGGCGUGCCCGGCAUGGAUGUCAGGGCGGACGACGGCCAGCCGGCGCCAGGGUCCGAUGGCCAGUGUACGGUGAGCCGGCGAGCGGUGCCCCAAGCCGCCGUCCGCCGCCUCCUCAUCAUGACCUACUUCCCGAGCGGCUUCUGGUCGCGCCUGCUCACCCGCCUGCUGGCCGACGACGUCAUCGUGGACGUCAUCCGGGCCUUCUUCCUGGUGCCGCGACAGGUGCAGCAGGACGCCGUGCUGUCGUCGGUGCUGGCUGGGCCGGCCGAGUGGCGCUGCUGGCAGACGGGCAUCGAGCUCCAGUACGCCAACACCACGCUCAUCCGCAUCCGCGAGCUGCUCGGAUACCUGCGCUACUCGCCCGACUACAGGAAGAUGAGACUGCUGGCCUGUCAGGAGGGACAGUGGCAGGAGGUGCUGACUUCGAGCGCGGCCGUGUUGGAGGUGACGCUACCCAACGAGACCAUCGUCAUCCGACGGUCGCUACCGCAGGCGGAUGACCCGGCCGCCUUCGGCAUUCAGUCGGUGGUGCUGGAGCCCAACCCGGAGUGCGCCUCCAAGCUGCUGGCGAUGGCCGUCGACCACAUCGACACCCUGCUGGAGGACUGGUACCCCGCGCUCGGCACGCGGUUCGUACACACGUCGGAGGGUCGGCUGCUGGUGACGCGGCUGCUGCCGUGCCCGGCCUGCCUACCGGCCGCCGCUGACGACGCCGACGGGAUGGAGCCGCCGCCCUCUCCGCCGCCGCCGCCGCCGCCCUCCCCACCCCCCUCGCCGACUCUACCCGCUGACCAGUCGCCGCCGCGGCCGCCCACCGUGUACGCCUUCCUGGUGGAGGAGUGCAUCCUGGUCAGCUACAGCAGCCGGCACGUGCAGUGUCCGGCGCACGGGCCGCUGCUGCUGGCCCAGGUGGCGCCCGACACGGUGUUCCUGGACGUGGGCGAGCGGCGCCUGGUGCGGCCGGAGAGCAUCCAGCGUGGCCCGAUGCUGGGCCGCGGCGCGUUCGGCUUCGUGUUCCGCGCCUCGUGCCGCAGCCGCCACGACGGCAGGAUGAUGGACGUGGCGAUGAAGAUGCUGCAGCCGAGCGACCCUGGUGACGACGCGCGCUCCUCGGCGCUGGCCGCCUACAAGGCGGCGCAGAGCAAGUGGGAGCGGGACCCGCUGCAGUACGCCUGCAAGGCCUACUGCACCGCCCGUCAGGAGCUCAACAUCCUGGUCACGCUGCGGCACCCCUACAUCGUGCCGCUGGUGGGCUUGUGCACCAGCCCGCUGUCUCUGGUGCUGGAGCUGGCUCCGCUGGGCGCGCUGGACGCCACGCUGGCCCAGUACCGCCGCUCGGGCGCCCGGCUGCCUCCCCUCGCCCUGCAGACGAUCCUGCUGCAGGUGGCCAAGGCGCUGGAGUACCUGCACCAGCAGCACAUCAUCUACCGCGAUCUCAAGUCGGAGAACGUGCUGGUGUGGUCGCUGCCGGCGCCGUUCCAGCGCCAGCAGGCGCCGGUCGACGUCAAGCUGGCGGACUACGGCAUCAGCCGGGCGACGCUGCCCGCCGGCACCAAGGGCUUCGCCGGCACCGAGGGCUUCAUGGCACCGGAAAUCAUGCGCUACAACGGCGAGGAGGAGUACACCGAGAAGGUGGACUGCUUUUCGUUCGGCAUGUUCCUGUACGAGUUGAUCUCGCUCCACCUGCCGUUCGAGGGCUACGAAUCGGUGAAGGAGCAGAUCCUGGAGGGUCACCGGCCGCCGCUGACGGUCAAGGAGGCGACCGCGGCCACCUACCUGCUGGAUCUCAUGGUGCUGUGCUGGGACCAGCAGCCGCGCGCGCGGCCUUCGGCCAGCCAGAUCGUGUCGACGACGGCGGCGCCGGAGCUAACGCAGCUGCGGGACGUGGUGCCGCUGGAGCUGCCGCACAGCGUGCUGGCCGCCACCGCCCUCUACACCGCCGCCGCCGCCGGCGGCUGCACGCUGGACGUGCUCACCUGCCGGGACCACCAGGCGACCGACUACCACAGCCUGGUGCUGCCGCAGGCGGCCAGCGCGCUGGCCGUCGUCGGCGCCAGCGUCUGGGUGGGCGACGCGCGCGGACAGAUCCGCGGCUACUGCACGUCCACGUUUGAGGAGGUGUUCACGUACACGCUGGAGCCGGACAGCUCGGACCCGGCCGGCGUGCGCGACAUCUGCGCCCUCGCCGCCAUCGACCGGGUGGCCGUGUCGCUGGCCAACGGCCGGCUCUUCAUCACAAGGUCGGACGUGCUGCCGAACAGCCCGACCCGCGGCGAGGGCAGCUUCGUCAUGACCGAGCUGGGCACGCUGGGCGGCCAGCUGCACUGUGUGCGCGCCCACCUCUCCGCCGACGGCAGCCGGUGCGAGAUCUGGUGCGGCCAGAGCUCCGGCGCCGUCUCCGUCUUCACGCUGGAGGACCAGGUGGUGGUCUCGCAGGAGGUCAUCAACCACUACCACCCGCCCAUCCCCAACAUGGACGUGCUGCUGCUGCUGUCGCCGACGGACUCGCAGGUGAGCGCGGAUCUAGAGCAGAGCAUGUGGACGUACACCAAUCCGGGCUGCGUGGUCUACCACUGGGACGUGCUCAGCCACGUGAUUGUCAACAAACUCGACUGCUCCAAGCUGGUGCCCGUCUCCGAAUCCAUCCGCUCCAUCAGCAUCGAGGAGCAUCUCAGUCCCGGCAAGUGCCAGGUGACGGCGCUGGCUGUGCUCGGCCGGGAGCUGUACCUGGGCACGAGCUGGGGCUGUCUGGUGGUGGCCACCGCCGCCACCAUGCUGCCGCUGACCGUGUUCCGGCCGCACGAGGAGGAGGUGCGGGCGCUGGUGCCGCUGCUGCCGCCGCCGGCCGCCGCCGCCUCGCCGGAGGAGGGCGGCGGCCGCGAGCUGGCGGCGCCGGCGCCGGCGCUGGGUCUGGCUUCGCUCGGACGCGGAUACCGCUCGCUAGGUUGA